CCGAAGUGGCUAGCUCUGCAGGAAGGGCCCACAGAUAAGGGGGUGAAAUCCGGGCGUGAUGUGAGAUAUCCCGUGUAGCCGUGCCCUCACCGUCGCCAACCUACCUCUCCCGAAGGGGAGAGAGAAAUGGGGAAGCGCCGGCGCGCGGCGGGGGAGGAGCUGAUUUCGCCGGUGAACAGCCUGGACGACGGCUGUCUCAUGCAUAUCUUCAGCUUCCUCAGCCCAAUCCCAGAUAGGUAUAACACCGCCCUCGUUUGCCACAGAUGGCGCUUCCUUGCUUGUCACCCUCGGUUAUGGUUGCGUGUUGAGAGGCCAAUCAGAGAUGUGAUGGAGCCUGGAGUCUAUCCAAACCUUGAAGCUGCUGUUUCUGCUGCUAGGCCUGGCGACACCAUUCUUAUCGCUGCUGGUGGUACCCAUGUUGCGUGCAAUAUCCAAAUAAAGAAGCCUAUUUGCAUUAUUGGCGGGGGUGCACUUCCUGAUGACACUGUAUUAACCUGUUCGCGUGGCUCCGACAAUGCGUUGGAGUUCCUUUCAACAUGCAAGAUUGCAAAUUUGACUAUUAGAGCGGAACUUGGAUGCUGCUUGCUGCAUCGAAGUGGUAGAUUGACUAUUGAGGAGUGUUUGCUGCAGUGUGAGCAAAACCCUCUGGACUAUCUGUCAUUUCCGAUAAUCAGCACAGCUAUUGAGUGCAACUCAUUUUCAUCACUCAAGGAGCAAGGGCACGGUGUAACUGUUGUUCGCACCCGAAUUGAAGGGGGUGCGAAGGCCAUCAGGACCAAUGGAACAUUGGCACUACAGCGUGUGCGGGCCAUCUAUUCCCGCAGCUCUGUUUUCUUCUGGUUUGAAGUAGGAGAAAAGUAGAAAUGCCUGUACACUAGCAAUAAGCUGUUGUAUUCUUGUACUUCAGUAUCUGUAUCAUUCUAGCGUUUGGCAAACUCAUGUGGCUCUCUUGUUUGUUGUAAGUUUGUAACUCAUAAUGACUACAUGAUGUUUGAAUCAACAAGGAACAUGCUGCUAUUUGGAAGUCAA